AUGUCUCAAACUGAAAUCAUCUCUGCUGCUAACAAGUCUUUCAGCGACCUCGCUGACAAGGUGGAACAUCUCCUGGGGCAAGCCUGGCAGUUGCAGCCGGCGGAUCAAAAGCAUAUCUCUAUUGCAAUGGAGAUGGGUCAGGCACUGGUGACCGUCCUGUUGCCAUUAAUCCUCUCUGCUGCUGCUGAAUUGCAGGAGCAUGUCAACGCCAACAACACUGGCAUGAAAAGUCCGCCUGUGUGGAUGAAAAUCCGUGUGGAUGAUUUAAGGAUCAAGGGCCACCCGCUCUUUCCCUCUACCCUCAAUUACCGGCCGGUCACUCGGCCACAGUCUCCCCCAACACCUGGCCCUUCUCGGGCAAAGGAAAACAUUCCUGCCGGCAGCGUCGAACAGCAUGGGCGGGGCACUGAGCGACGCAAGCGUUCCCAGGCGCCAAGUACCAGGAGUCGGAGCCGGCCGGCGCUCACAAAACGACGCCUUGAGAAAUCAAAGGCCAUCCUCAGCAGCGAGGAUGAGCUUGAGGAAGAAGAGGUUGGGCCAAAGACAGCCCUCAAAAAACUUCCAGUUACGGAGCCAAAGGCUCGUCCUGGUCAAAAGUAUGUUGAGGUCACCAGCAAAGAGGAGAGCGAUACCAAUGAGAGUAUCGCGGAUGUGGCUGGGCCACAAAUUGCACAUGCCGCGUCCAUUGUCUUGCCGAAUAUCCCAAUCACCUCCGGGCCUGACCUCACGGAGGACGACUUCGCCGACACAUCCGCGCCAGUAUGGACACCACAUUGUGGCCAAUGUGUGGCCUGGGACCUUAUAUGUCGCCAGGGAUUCAAUAAGGGUAACCACCGAAAGUUGAGGCUGAAGAUCAAGUGCAGUGGAAAAGGGUCGGAGGCCCCCAAAGUGAAGGCAAAGACCUUUGCUACAUGCCGGAACCGUUCACAGUCCUGGUGCUGUGCUUCGCCGCCAGCCGAAGAGAAUGUUCAGAACAGCAUUGAAAACAUGCCAGCGCCAGCUAUUUCACCGGCCGCCAUCCCUAUGCCGUCCUCUGUGUCCCAUCAGCAGGAGAUGCAAAACCUCAAUGUGGAAGUGGACAGCCUUCGCGCGCUAGUGCUGGCCCUGCAGACACAAGUGGUGGCCACUGACGGCAAGCUUCAGGACGCAGCAACACGCUUAGUGGCACAGGAGCAACUCUCCCAUCGGCUCACCGAGCAAAUUGAGUCACUCCACCGACAGCUUUAUCCAGCGGCCUUGGAACACUCCCAUCGAGACAGCUCACCUCCGGUAGUUGCCCAACCUACACCUACCUCCAAUGAGGCCUCUGGUGAACCGGUCGCCGGAGCAAGUCCCCCAGAUGAAUCGGCGUGUUUGCCAGUUGUGAUGAAGGAUUCUGCAGCUGAGGGAGCUCAUGUGCAUGCGGGUCAGCUGCCGUAUGGCACACAUAGAUAUUUACUCUUAUCUCCUCAUCAUGCAGAUGGUGUGGAGACCUGCACGAUGCAAGCAUCCCUACAAUGCUACAUGGGUGUCAUCGUGAUCUAG